AUGCUCGUCAAACUCGUUGAUCUAGAGUACCAACCGAAGGUAUCUAACGAAAUGCAAAGGUUCGACCUUUGGGCCUCCAGUCUAGGACUUUACCAUACCGGACACAGUUCCCUCGAUUAUCGAUUCCGCGACUCGCCGCCACUCUUCCAGUAUGCUUUGGGGCUUCUGAACGAUCUACUGGAGACUCUGUCAAUAGUUGCUGAACUUGCAGAGGAAGCUUCAGGGUUUGGUGAGGUGGAUGAUAAUGUCUCAGUCAGCGAUGUUGACUCCGAAGAAGAGGAUCUUUCGGCAUAUCCAUCCGAAGACCUCAUUCAGGAAUAUCUCUGCAACAUCGCGAUAACAAUAGAUCGGCUGUACGCCUUGUCGUUCAAAAUUCGCAACCCCACAGUCCGGACUGGUGUUUCCCCAGCUCUCUCCAACAAAGAUCUCGACGACGACACUCGAAUUCUCAUUGAGGGCUUUAAACGAUGGGACUUGGAGCAUGUAAUUGACCUUUUCCGGACAUGGCGGCAUGAUAUGAAUAAGGAAGAUCUGGAGAACCAUUUCCUUGUUCGACGGCUAGCUUUAGCCAAUACACACCGAAGGCAGCAGUUCAAAUACUGGGAACGCCGUCGAGCAAAGUAUGAGAGGUACCACCGAGCGGCGAUGACAGGGCUCCGCCAGUCUGGGAAAGCACAUUCGACUGGGAUGACGAACUCUGAGCACGGUCUACUUUCAGAGCCGACCACCGCGACGGGUAUAGGAGCUGCCAUCCUUGCCGACUUUGACACCGAGUCGAUGGGAUCCAAGGCAAGUUAUGCAUUGAAAGGGGACGAAGUCGAGGAGAAGAACAUCCUACCUGCGCCGCCAGUGAUCGACCCGGAAAUCAAAGAAUUCGAAUGUCCGUUUUGCUUCAUCCUGUGCAGUCGCAGAACAUUGCAGCCCGGCGUUUGGGAGAGGCAUGUUAUUAGAGACCUGCGACCGUAUAUCUGCACCUUUGAAGAGUGCAAAGAAGCCGACCAGCAAUAUGAUACCCGCCCAGAUUGGAUUGGCCAUGAGCUUACCAAGCACGGAUGCCAUCCCGAGAACCCCCGAAAGUGUCCGCUCUGUCUAAGAGAAGGCGUCAGCGCAGGCCACAUAGCAUCUCAUCUGCAACGUACAGCCUCAUUCGCACUUCCGCGCCUGCACAACGAGCCGAAUGACACCGAGGCCGAAUUCGAUACCAGGAUAGAAGUGGGGCAGUCAACUGAUCGGGACUUUUCCACGAAUAGUUCAGGCAACGAUGAAGCCGCUGAUGGCCAGAAGACUGUGCAUCUCGUGAUGCAGCGUCCCGGCGAGAGGACACGCUGGGUGGCUGUUUCACUGAGCCCAAUGCAUUCAGUACAGUCGCAAAUUGCGAACGCUGCGAGAUUAUUUUUGGCCUUGGAUGUUGAGACUGAAUUCAAGUUCACCGACGAAGAUAGAACAGAAAUUCCACUAGCAUAUGACCGUCUCGACAACGGCAGGGUUAUAUACGUACGGCCACUCAAUCAUCCAGAUCCCGCAGCCGGGGUGCCUGAAGAUCAAGAGAGAGGGAGAACACUGCAUAAUGGCAACGUACCUCUGGGAAGACGAAACAGAACACCCGUGAAGGAGAGGGAGCCGGUAAUAGCGAGAUACAGCGCGCAAGGAUCGAACAAGCCAUGGGCUCAGGAAUCUCAGCGCACACCCCCAAAGGACAUUUCACAGCCGGGAAGGGAGCCGGGGCCCGUCUUCGUUAUAUCUCGUCAGUCACAAAUUGGUCCCCCUGAACGCAAAGAAAGUAUCUUUCGUCGCAUAGGGCAACGUUUAGGGUUUCGCCGGAAUCGGGAAGAUACCUCGUCGUCCCGCAUGUCCGAUUUUAAUGAUCCCCUUUCCGGUGCAAGAAGUGAGUCGAGACGCACCAGUUCGCCACCUACCGAGGAGCAUGGGAAUAUUACGAGUCAGCUCUCGAGAACGGUAGUACCUGGCCUUCCACGGAAUCUGACCUUCAAGCGGCAGCAAUCCGAGCUUCGACGUAUGCCUCCUCCGAUGAGUGCAGAGAUCCGGCGUGCUGCGUCGGUAGACCGUCGGAGCUCAGCACAGCGCGGACAUUUGCAAGGCUCUAGCUUCACUUCGAGAAGGUCCGAUAUCGAUAUCUUUCAGGAAAGGGAGGAUGGUGGAGCGUCGGACUAUAGUGCCUCGCAGGACUCUCGAGGGCCUGCGGUAUUUCCAUCUGGCUAAUAUUGGCCGUCGGACUGGACUAACCUUGUACUAGCUACCACCUUCACCAAGUAUAAUCAUUAGAGGGUAC